AUGGCGGCGGUGGUAGCUGCUACGGCGCUGAAGGGCCGGGGGGCGAGAAAUGCCCGCGUCCUCCGGGGGAUUCUGUCAGGAGCCGCUGCUAACAAGGCUUCCCAGAACAGGAGCCGGGCACUGCAAAGCCACAGCUCCCCAGAGUGCAAGGAGGAGCCUGAGCCCCUCUCCCCUGAGCUGGAAUACAUCCCCAGAAAGAGGGGCAAGAACCCCAUGAAAGCUGUGGGACUAGCCUGGUACAGCCUGUACACCCGCACCUGGCUCGGGUACCUCUUCUACCGCCAGCAGCUGCGCAGGGCUCGGAACCGCUACCCCAAAGGCCACUCCAGAACCCAGCCCCGCCUCUUCAAUGGAGUGAAGGUGCUCCCCAUCCCUGUCCUCGCGGACAACUACAGCUACCUCAUCAUCGACACCCAGGCCCGGCUAGCUGUGGCUGUGGACCCUUCCGACCCUCAGGCUGUACAGGCUUCCAUUGAAAAGGAAGGUGUUAACUUGGUUGCCAUUCUCUGCACCCACAAACACUGGGACCACAGUGGAGGGAACCGCGACCUCAGCCGGCGGCACCAGGACUGUCGGGUGUACGGGAGCCCUCAGGACAGCAUUCCCUACCUCACCCAUCCCCUGUGUCAUCAAGAUGUGGUUAGCGUGGGACGGCUUCAGAUCCGGGCUCUGGCCACCCCGGGCCACACACAAGGCCAUCUGGUCUACCUGCUGGACGGGGAGCCCUAUGAGGGUCCCUCCUGCCUCUUCUCAGGGGAUCUGCUCUUCCUCUCUGGCUGUGGACGGACCUUUGAGGGUACUGCAGAGACCAUGCUGAGCUCACUGGACACCGUGCUCGGGCUGGGGGAUGACACUCUUCUGUGGCCUGGCCACGAGUAUGCAGAGGAGAACCUGGGCUUUGCAGGCGUGGUGGAGCCCGAGAACCUGGCCCGGGAGAGGAAGAUGCAGUGGGUGCAGAGGCAGCGGAUGGAACGCAAGAGCACGUGCCCGUCCACCCUGGGGGAGGAGCGCUCCUAUAACCCGUUCCUAAGGACACACUGCCCGGUGCUGCAGGAGGCUCUGGGGCCAGGCCCUGGCCCCACAGGCGAUGAUGGCUGCUCCCGGGCCCAGCUCCUGGAGAGGCUCCGCCAGCUGAAGGACCUGCAUAAGAGCAAUGAGGACGCGGAGCCCUUGCUCUCACUGCAGCCUCUGAACUCAGGGCAGCAGGAGUCCCGAACAGGGACCUUGGCACAGGCUCCCGACCCCAUCCUGGCUCAGGGUGGCACCCGGGUGGGACUGAAGGAAGAAGCGGUAGUCCUCACCUUCCUGAAGAAGGUCUCUCCUCCCUCCAUAGGCUCCAAAGCCAAGGACCCCCAACCCUCAACACAGGAGAAUCUGCCACCCCCAGAAGCCAAUGCUGAGGCCAUCCACUUCCUCAACUCCCUCCGGCAGGAGGAGCUGAUGCUGCUGUUCUUCUCAGAGACUCUGGUCAUGGUCUCCGACACAGGGGAGCCUCAGGGAGAGCUGACCAUUGAGGUGCAGAGAGGGCAAUACAAAGACCAAUUUGGUGUCAUAACGUACGUCCCCUUCGUGCAUGCCUCCAGCCGAGGCUUCGUGGACAAAACACUCUGUGGAAGCUCCCUUCUGGCCUAUCUCUCGUGGAAACUGGAAGUUGUGAAACAACAGAGUCAGGAGUUCAUCAAGUUCCACAUUCUCCCCAUGGAACAGAAGACGAGUUUGCUGAAGCAGGAUGAUCAGCUGGCCAUGACCAGAAUGGUCAAGGAGGGUGAGGAAGUGAAGACUGAAGUGACUUUCUUCCCCAGGCCCUCCACUGAGGGCUUCGUCUCCCAGGCCGCUAACCUGGUGCUGCUGAGGGUGAUGGCCUGGCGGCAUAUGGUGCCCAGCAAUGCCCGUUUCCUGGCCUUGGACACUGAAGGCAAACUCUGCUAUUCUACUUACCAAGCCCUGGGCUCCCAGACAAUCCAGGUGGGCCAUCAGCAGGUGGAAGUCUUCAUUGUGGAGCAGACGGUACACUCGGAACAAGGCAUCCCCACGUCCUGCCAGUUUUACCUGCUCCCUGAUGGGCACCUGGCCAAGAGGAUCCAGGUGGGCUCCCCGGGGUGCUGCAUGAUCACCAAGGUGCCCGUAUUGAGGGAAGAGGAUGAUAUUGAGCCUCGCCCAGUAUUUAAGAAGAAGCCCCUGGUGUGGGAGGAGGACCUGGAGCUCUACUCGCGGUUCCUGGACCGCAAGGAGGAGCUCCGUCUCAGCCACAAGAGCUAUCUACGGCAGCACCCCGAGGCCCAGGCGCUCAUCUCCGACUUCCUGCUCUUCCUGCUGCUGCGCCAGCCGGUGGACGUGGUCACCUUCGCCGCCGAGUACUUCGGCCCCUUCGCCAAGAGACGCCCGCCCACCCCAGCGUUGCGCUCCUCCAACCGGCCCAGCCCCUUCCGCGAGCUGGAGCCGGAGCGCAGCGAGGCCUAG